AUGUGGCCAUUUGGCGUUGAGAAAGGGGUGGGGUGGCUUAGAAGAGGGAUUCCAGAUUCAAUCUCGGUGCCCCGUCAACAGCGGCGCCAGCAGCAACGUCUAAGCGGCGCCGAGAGCGGCGCCAACUGCGGCGUUUACUUACCUACCCUUUACCAGCAGCACGAGAUGGAGUUCUGCCCCACAUGCGCCAACAUGCUGCUGGUGGAGCAGGCACACAUGGGCCGAGAAGCGCGGUUCUUCUGUCAGACGUGCCCCUAUGUGUAUGGCAUCACCAGGAAGAUCUCAAGACGACAACUUGUGGUGCAAAAAGAGGUGGAUGAUGUACUAGGAGGGGAAGACGCGUGGAAAAAUGUCGACAAGACUGAAGCCUCGUGUCCCAAGUGUGGUCAUUCACAAGCAUUCUUCAUGCAAAUUCAAACCCGAUCUGCUGAUGAGCCCAUGACAAUAUUUUACAAAUGCUGCAACAUGAGGUGUGGUUACAGAUGGAAAGAAGGCUACGCGUUACACGCGGGCGGAAACAUGGCGCGCGCUCGCGGGUCUGCGCCUAUCCAGGUGCUGGUCCUUCUCCUCUCGCUUCUCGUCGCCCCAAGCCUAGGCAAGUCGCCGCCGCCUCCGCCCCACAGCCCCCCCCCUCCCCACAAGCCCCCCUCUCCCCACAAGCCCCCCCCUCCCCACAAGUCUUCCCCUCCCCCCGACGCCUCCCCCCCAACCAGCGCCUCCCCUCCAACCAAGGACACCCCUCCUCCAACCAAGGCCUCCCCGCCCCCUCCUCCCCCUGCCGCGGCACCUGCUCCGGAGCCUACUCUCUCCCCCUCCCCAACGCCCGCGCCGUCCCCAACGCCCGCGCCGUCCCCAACGCUCGCGCCUUCCCCAACGAACGCGCCUUCACCGGCGCCCGCGCCCGCGUUCGUCGAUUCGCCCAUCGCUCCACCCGUCGCUCCGCCCAUCCUUCCCCCUGUCCCCGCCCCGCAACCCACAACUGCGCCUGCCCCUACUCCAUCCUUGCCCCCCAUUCUUCCGCCCACGCCACCCCCCGAGAUCUCCCCGACCGCGUCACCCCCCGUGAUCUCUCCGCCCACACAGUCCCCGGAGAUCUCUCCGCCCGCGCUGCCCCCAGUUAUUGCUCCAGCUCCUCCGCCGGAAGGGGGCAAACCUCCGCCGAAAAUCCCGCCAGUGGAUUCCGCACCCCCGUCGGAGGCAGGAGCGCCGAAUCAGGACAAUUUUCCGGGUGGGGACUUUCCGGCGGACCAGUAUGUUCCGCCGUAUGGGGACUUCGCAUCUCCGCCGUUCAAUAUUGCCAAAUCUCUGACUCCGCCCGCGCCGCCGCUUCCGCCGCUGUCGCCGCCCCCGCCGACCCCUGCGGCGCCCGCGCCUUCGAGCGGACCGAGCGGCGGAGUGAUCGCGGGGACGGUGAUCGGAGUGAUUCUCGGAGUCGGCGCUCUGUCCUUCGGGAUCUGGAUCUGCGUGCAACGCUCGCGAAACGCCGCUCGCGCGGCUGGGCGCGGCGGUUACGGCGACGUGAACUUGUAA